GGUGAUCUUUUCGGAGGACUCUAUCGCCUUUUUGGUCUUCUUCUUUUACGACUAUUCUAUUUAUAAACGACCUUUUACUCCCCACAUCAUCGGUCUCUGCAACCACGAUCGAGGUUUCAUGGCAAAGCCUUGAUUCCUACCCUAAAGUUAGGGUUUUUUCUUUGUAUUCGUAGUUUUGAUCCAUAGAUUGCUCUUUUUUUCUGGUGUUUCUUUCACGAAUUUGUGACGGGGAUUCGCCUGAGGAAAUUUACACAGUUAGGGCUUGGCCAUGCAACUCUGGAUCGAGAAAGGCUCUCUCAAUAGAGAGGAGUUGUUUGGUUUUGUGUGUAAUUGUGCUCUGAUCUUUGGUUUGAGGUCUCGGACUUUGCAGAAUGGUUCUGGAUUCUCAGCGCCCUAGCACCAGGGGCAUUCUCUGUAAUGCUGGAGCUGGAGCAGCUGCAGGAGUUAUUGCUGCGACAUUUGUUUGCCCCUUGGAUGUAAUCAAAACAAGAUUUCAAGUCCAUGGAUUGCCUGAGCUAAAUGGUAGGCGUAAAGGUAGCCUUAUUCUUGGGAGUUUGGAACAAAUAGCGAGAAAGGAGGGUGUACGUGGAAUGUAUCGUGGCCUUGCACCAACAGUGUUGGCACUACUUCCAAAUUGGGCAGUUUACUUUACUAUGUAUGAGCAAUUCAAAAGCUUGCUUCAUUCACCUGAUGACAAUAAUCAACUCUCAAUUGGUGCCAAUAUGAUAGCCGCAUCUGCUGCAGGGGCUGCAACAACGAUUGUUACCAAUCCCCUAUGGGUUGUUAAGACCAGAUUUCAAACUCAAGGAAUGAGGGCGGGAGUGAUGCCAUAUCGAAGUACUUUAUCUGCUUUGCGGAGAAUAGCCCAUGAAGAAGGUAUUCGUGGAUUAUAUAGUGGCCUCCUUCCAGCAUUGGCUGGUAUAAGCCAUGUUGCCAUUCAGUUCCCAACAUAUGAGAAGAUCAAAGAUUACUUGGCAAGAGAAGGUAACACCACCCCAGAUGCUCUCAGUGCAGCCGAUGUUGCCCUUGCUUCCUCGGUCUCAAAAAUAGCUGCAUCAACAUUGACCUAUCCUCAUGAGGUUGUGCGAUCAAGGCUUCAGGAGCAGGGGCAUGCAUGCAACUCCGAGAAACGUUACAAUGGUGUUGUAGACUGUGUAAGAAAGGUGUUCAUGAAAGAUGGCAUUUCAGGAUUCUAUCGAGGCUGUGCAACCAACCUCCUCAGAACAACUCCAGCUGCUGUAAUUACAUUCACGAGCUUUGAGAUGAUUCAUAGAUUCUUAAACGACCUUUUCCCUCCUAAAAGGCGACACCAAACAUUGUAAACUGAGCCUAAGAAUUGGGCUUUGGAUCCUUUGAUUCUCCUUUUUUUUGGAGAGUUAAGGUGAUGUUAUAUUAUUGAGUGGAAAAGUGUUAAAAGAGGCUGAAUUCAUUUGAUGUUAUGGUUGGUGGAGUGCAUGUAGAGAAUUGGUUGGAGAGAAUCUCUUCUACAAAUUCCUCAUUGUUUUGAAGGACCAUGUGGAAUGAAAUGGAAGAAUAUUAAUGGUAUAGAUUUUUAUUUUUUAUUUUUACUUGAAGGUUAAUGGUACAUAUUGUUUCCUUUUUUCCUUAAUAAUUGGUGGUUGGUACAGAGUUUUUUCCUUUUUUCCUUAGUAAUUGGUGGUUGCUAGUAUUUUUGUUGCUGAAGCUUUUGAGUAGUGAGGAAAUAAAAUGAUUAUGUGAUUGAA